AUGAGCUCUCGACGAGCGGCAAAGACGGGCUCCGGUCCUGGCACGAGCGGCUCGUCAAAGUCGGCCCUGUCGCAGGCCGCCAACACCCUCCAGGCCCUGCACCAGGAGGCCGUGGCCCAGGCAACAGCGCUGACGAUGCCCAAGCUGUCCUCGCACCACUCGGACGCAUUCCUCAGGCUGGCGGCAUACGGCGCGGCGCCCGAAUCCCAGCCGGCGCCCUCGUUCCGCCAUCGCCGCGGUCUGUGGGGCGACGACGUCCCCAACAUCGCCCAUUCGCACCAGCCCAAUGUGCGCAUACAGCGCGAGGCACCUCUGCCGCCGCCAUUAGCCUCGAAUGAGGUACUGCCGGAAUGGUUCGAUCUGCACAACGGGCGGUGUCCAAGGUGUCGGCUGCCCCGGUUGCCCGGCGUCAACUGCGCCCGCCAGCCGUCCCGCCGCGGUGCAGAGGAGCGGAACAGGUCUGGCGCGGAUGGAUCCGACGAGGCGCACUCCAGCGUCUGCGGCUUGUGCCAGAGCUCGCGGUAUCGCAGGCUGCUUGCUCCGCCAUCCACGAAGGCAGUGCGUCGAGGCAAGCGUCGUCGGCCACGAGCAAAGGCCCCGGCAGCAGACACGACAGCGCCAUCGUCGUCGUCAUCCUCGUGA